AUGUCUUCUACUUCUUCUUCCUCGUCAUCAUCAUCAUCAACUUCAACCCCAUAUGAUGCUGUUGCUCCUGAUAUCCCUGGCCCUAGUACGAGGAGAACCGGUCAAUUUGAAGGCCCUUCUUCCUCACGUCAACGUGCUAUGAAUGAGGUUUUGCCUGAGCCAUUUCUUGAAGCUUUGGCCAACCAACUUGCCAUUGAUACUGCCAACUACAAUGGACGUCUUGCUGCUGGUCCUGCCCUUGCCAUUUUGUUUCAGUUUGACCAAGAAUUUGUUACUCGAGUUUGCCUUGGACUGGUCUUUGUGGGCGUGGAUAGAACUAGAGAUUCGGUGUUUGGAACAAGACAGGCACUUGGCCAUACCUUUCUUGGAAAUGAAAGUGAAAUGUUUGCGAUGUCAUUGUUUUGCGAUGCAUUGGUUCCUGACGCGGAUGAUGCUACCUCUAUGCCCCCUCGCUCCCUAGCUUAG